AUGGUUGUCUACUCUUUCUACAUUUUCGACCGCCAUGCGGAGUGUAUCUAUAAAAAGCGCUGGCUCCCCAGCCAGAGCUCAUUUCCAGGCAAAUCUUCGCGUCCAACUUCCGAGGCGUCUGCCCCGACCAAUGGAUUACCCCCCCCCCUGGAUCAGUCUGUGCAAACCACAGACGAUGAUGCCAAGCUGAUUUUUGGCACUGUCUUCUCUUUGCGGAAUAUGGCUCGUAAGCUUGGGGGUGAUGAUGACAGUUUCGUCACCUAUCGCACCAGCCAAUACAAACUCCAUUACUACGAAACUCCUACGAACAUCAAAUUCGUCAUGCUUACUGAUAUCAAGAGUCCGACUAUGCGAAUUGCGCUACAGCAGAUUUACAUCAACCUCUACGUUGAAUACGUGGUCAAGAACCCGUUGUCUCCGGUAGAACAUCCCGGUGGUGUGGGUGUAAAUAAUGAGCUUUUCGAAGAGUCCUUGGAACAGUUUGUGUUCCUUCGCGCCCUUUAUUAUUUGCUCGAUUGGGAUGAAAUCAAGUGCCUUAGCGACUUGUUUGGAGUAUUAUCAGAAUUUAGGUCGCUAAAUUUCGAUCCUGGCUCCAACCGUCAACGUUGCUCCGGAUUAAAUUUCGAUGCCCUCAUGGUAAACAUCACGAGGCCGAGGAAGUUAUGUGAGAUGUCAAAUCUUCACCAGGAUGGUGUCAUGAGCCCAGAAAGGCUACAUACAGCAGGUAUUGAAACCCCUCAAAAAGACCUUGGGAAAUAUCCUGAGUGUCACUCGAGUGAGAUUACCGUCUGA